UUGUGCUAAGCAAAUAUUGACUUGCAUAACGAUUUUAUUUUAAUCUAUUCAUUUUAAAUAAUUUUACCAUUGGCUCACGAUAUUCGGUCAGCUGUUUGUUUGGCUUUUAGCAUUAGCCAACACUGCUGCACAUGCUGUGCCGAAUUUAGUUGCCUUUUGCGGCUUUUAUUUGCCUGGACAACUGGAUAGAAAUUGCUGGCCCCCAUUUGCUGCAUUUAAGAUGGGCGAAUUUCAGACGUGGCUAAACGAUCAGCUCCGCCAGCUCAAUACAGAUGAGAGCGUCUUUGGUGCAUACAUCAUUGGCAUUCUCGAGGGCGAGGAGGAGACACAAGAUGAGAAAAUCGAGGCUCUCGAAGGGAUACUCAGCGGCACCGAAGCCUCCAACAUAGAGGAGCUGGUGGCCAGCAUCUUGCAGAAGUGGCUACAGAGCCAUCCCAGCGCCGAUGAGCCGCCCAAGAAGGGUCUGGACAUCGAUGUGAACGCACAGCUGGCCAAAUUGCUCGAACAGCAAAAGCUCCAACCCGCCGUCAAAGAACGCGAAUAUACCGAGGAGGAGCUGCGCAUUAAGCAGCAAAUAUUAGCGCAAUAUUCACAGACUGCUGUCAGCGAGGAGGAGGAUGAGAACACAGAUGGCGAAAGCGGCGAGCCAAGCGGGUCCAGUGUCAUGGCGCCCAACACCAACAAGUCGGAUGUGGCCAAUCUGGCCAAGGAGAAGCGUGAGCAGGCGCGCCUGGAGAGUGCGGCCAAGAAGCAGAAGGACAAAGAGGAUCGGGAGAAGCAGAAGCAGCUGCGCGAAGAAAAGAAAGAGAAACGCAAAACCGUCAAGGGUGAACGUCGCCGGUAACCGGGCCAAAUAAACCAGAAACCCAAAACAAAGAAAAAACAAAAUCCGUCUGCCAACCCCUCAGCCGCAGCCCAACUCCCACAGCACAGAUCUGAAUUUACACAGUCUCUCAAAAGACAUUACGAAACGAAAACCAAGAGACAAAACUCCAUGAAUACAGUCAGAAUAAUAACUAUAUAUAUAGUAUAUAUAUUAUUUGCAUUGCAAAUCGAAUUGCAAUUAAUUAUGUCAAUGUAUUUUGUUGCGAAUCGCGUUGAUAUUUGAAAUUGUUUUUACUAAAUUAAAUUUUAAAGUCGUUUUCACAA